AUGCGGAUGUCUGAUUUGGCUGAAAACGUGAGCGGAUAUCCAAAUCCAAACGGAUAUCCGGAUGCGCCGGGCCCAUCUCUACCUGCCAGUGGGCCAAGUAGAAGGGGGGCAGGUGGUGAAGCGCCUCGUGGGACUCAGUCGGCACGUGCUCCUUCUGUGGAACUCUUUGUCCCUGGUGUAGUUUUGCCAUCACAGGAGGUCGAGCAAUGGAACAAUGAGCUUUCCGGUGGAAUCAAAUGGACACACCAAUCAGCUCAAUCCUCCCUUUUGAAUAUCAAGUAUAUACUCGAGCAUUUGCCUCCCCUGAUUUCUGCACACAACGCGAUCCCUAACGAAUGGAGUCAGCAGAUUUGGAUGGACAUAGAUCAAACAUCGAGGGCUUGUGAAACAGAGGAUAUACUCAAGACUGCGGGGAAUUUGUCUCUCAUCACGUCCAACAUGGUUGAUAUGGAACAAAUCAAAACUUUCCAACUGACGGAAAGGUUAACUGGCAACCACACGCUCCUACCGCACUUGGCCAGGUUUUUUGCCCCUGGGAGAUCGGCAUAUAUUCGACUGCAAGAGGCAUUACAACAGACUUGGGCUAUGCAAAAGAUGACACAGAUGAAAGACACUUGGAUCCCUCAGGCCUUCGACAAUAGUAACAACGUGUAUACGGCCUACACCCAUCUCUGCAACGCAUACGAGAACAUGGGCGGGAAGUUGGGCGACAACUCUGCAUCGGAACCUGGCGUGAUGUUGUUAAUCCAGUAUUUCAUUGGGGCUCUGGCCGGUUUGGCCUACCUUUCAGGUGGCUGCAUUCCCAAACCAAAGCAGACAAAAAUUAAUGUGUACCGCACCAAGCACCACCUUCAUCAUGUCCAGAUGCUUGCGAAUCUCAUGAUUUUUGGUCCAACUGCAGCCUUCACUGCUUAUCGCACGGGUCCUCACGUUACUCUUUCGAAUGCUCUUUCUUUGUUGGAGGUUGGUGCAAGUCUGCUCAAACAAAAAGUUGAUCACGGAAUCACGGCCCCAAUGCCUCACGCGAUUUUGGACAACCUUUGGCUUUAUUUCUUGAAAUUUAUCAUCAAGAUGGGUUUCACCAAUCUCAACGACGAAGGGGUCCCACAGGUGAAUUGGAAGGACGUGCAUGAGGCGUUCUACCAUGAGUUUGCAACACAUGUGAUAACGCACAUGUUUGCACAAGACAUAGAAAUUGCUUUGGCUGAGAAGCGUUUUGGAGUUGAUUAA